AUUACAGAGUAUUGUGAUCAAGGGGCGCGGUAAUAUUUUAUUUAAUCUUUAAUCGAUCAGACAAUGCUACAGACGAGCGAAGAUAAUUGAUAAAAAAUUGUUUACGUUCCCAUUUAUCCUUCGGUAUCUACAAUAUGUUAAGACGGUAUUUAAAUAAAAAAUAAACGAGUAUAAAUAUCAGGCUGAUCUGUAUGAUGAUUAUUUGUACGUAAUUUUUUGAUAAUAAAAAGUAGGAGUCAUUUUAUCGCGUUAUGUGAAGUUGCAGUAACUCUUCGAUAGCGAACUUCUAUGUAUUUUGUAUUCCGUGAUCGCGAUCAGCGUUCGAAAGAACAGUUUAAACUGUGUUGAGGUUUAAUCAGCGAAAAGUUUGAAAAACUACUGCUGAAAAUGAAUAUUUUAGCAUACAAUGGAGGUGCUAUUAUAGCUAUGAAAGGAAAGAACUGUGUAGCAAUAGCUGCAGAUCGUAGAUUUGGUGUACAAGCACAAACAAUAACAUGCGACUUUCAAAAAAUUUUUGAAGUAGGACCGCACCUAUACUUGAGCCUUCCUGGUCUUGCUACAGACACUCAAACAGUUAUGGAAAGGUUAAGAUUUCGAUACAACCUUUAUGAACUUAAGGAAAACAGAAAAAUUCAACCUAAGACAUUUGCAUCAAUGGUAUCAAAUCUGUUGUAUGAGAAAAGAUUUGCACCUUACUUUGUGGAACCUAUUAUUGCUGGAUUGGAUCCAGUUACCUUUGAACCAUUUAUUUGUAACAUUGAUUUGAUAGGAUGCAUAAGUAUACCAGGAGACUUUGUAGUAGGAGGAACAUGUAGUGAACAACUUUAUGGAAUGUGCGAAUCACUUUAUGAACCAGAUUUGGAACCAGAUGAUCUUUUUGAGACUAUUAGUCAAGCUUUAGUGAAUGCAUGUGAUAGAGAUGCAAUAUCUGGUUGGGGAGCAAUUGUUCAUAUAAUAGAGAAAGACAAAGUUACAACGAGAGCUGUUAAAACGAGAAUGGAUUAAACUACCAAUACAGAUUUACAUUAUGUAUAAGUUUAUAAAUUGGAAGCACUUAUUAAUAAAAUGUGUAUUCUGUUUAAAUAAAUUAAUAAUUUUCAAUAAAUGGAUUAUAAAGUCUU